UCAACAAUUAUUGCAACGUCUGCAUUUGACAUUCUAACUUUAAAAUGUUAAUCAGAAUAUUAACAUGUUUAUGUAUAUUAAAUUUAACAGUAACAAAACGUGCGAAAGACGUAAUGGAUCCUUUCAUAGUAGGUGGCAAUUUUUCCAUCAUAGAAGAUUUUCCACACGUCGCAUUUCUUCAUAUAAAAUGUAAAAAAGUUGGUGCUACUUACUGCGGAGCUUCAAUCGUGAAUCAAGUUAUACUUUUGACAGCUGCACACUGUCUCCACUCAUGUUCAGAUAAACAUAACUUCUCCAUAAGGGCUUAUACAGGAAGCGUACAAAAAUAUAAAGGUCGCAAGAACAUAGUGGUCGGUUUUAAAGUUCAUGAAAAUUAUAUACAUAAAAAUUUUACUAAUGAUGUUGCUAUGUUGGUAGUAAAAGAUAAUAUCAGAUUUGGGAAAGCUGUGCAGAAGAUUACUUUGAUGAAACAGUUACCAGAAUACAAAAUCGCUGAAAUUGCUGGAUGGGGAUGGAUAGAUGACCAAAGCACAAAGACCGAUCUUCUGAAGUUUACCAGCCAAGAGAUUCUGAGCAAUGAAGAAUGUUUAAAGAAAAUACCAGGAAUACCUCCUGGGACCAUUUGUGGACACAAUCCGAGUGGAAGUCAUCCUCAGAGGGGAGACUCCGGUAGCGCACUUUUGAUACACAAACAUAUACAAAUUGGUAUCGCCUCCUUCUUCAAAAGGAACUUAUCAAACAAAACUUUAAUAUACACCUACGUCCCAUACUUCUACGAUUGGAUAGACAGUACUGCAAAAGAUUUGUUCUGCCAACAUAAACAUAUGAAGAUUAAGGAAAAAGAAAUACCGCAUAUUUGUAAUUGUAGCUGUAAUCAUAAUGUGAAUAAGAAGGCUAGAUUUUGAUAAUAAUUUGGAUUAUCAACAUGAGUUGUAUUUGGUUAAGUAUUCAAUAAAUAUGAACCUGAACUGAAA